AUGAGCUGGUCUGCCUUGACCGAGCACUUGUUGCAGCUAGCUAACAAGACGGCAGAGCAGGCGUCGUACGUAGAUGCCAUGCGACGAGAAUCGGACGCAGCUCUCUCGACGACGCAAGAUGCUGAAGCAUGUUCGAGUUGCAGUGGAGCACCAGGGGAUCGCCAUGCAUUGCCAAACGAUGCCCCAUGGUGGGCAAAGCAGCUAGUGAGUCAUGCUGACGGUUUGGCUGGUGGGGUCAUGUUGAAGCAAUUCUCCGAGCCUGUGAAGCUGGUUUCUGGUUGCACAUGCAGCUUUGCAGAAGCCACCGUCCUGAAGAACCUGGGCAUCAACUUCAACUGCUUGUCGUGCUCUGACCCGUGUGACAGCUACCAGAAGUUUGCUUUAUUGAACCAUGGCGAUGUCAUUGAUCACUUCUACACUACGAUGGCGCAGCAAGCCCAGCACACAGGUUGUUUGCUGCAUCCACACUGCAAUCGUUGCCCGCUUCCGGAAGCUCCGGGCGAUGUGGAUCUUUUGUGUUUCGGCACCCCAUGCCCUCCUUUCAGCAAGCAGAGGGCUGGGCGCUUUAAGGAAGCCUCCCCAGCAGAUCACUCGGAUUUCCAGGUGACUUUCUCUGAGGCCCUCGAUCUUCUACAUGCAAUACAGCCUAAGGCUGCAAUCAUGGAGCAGGUGGGUGGAUUUGGCUUGUCGGGAGAGCCCAGCGGCGAGACUCCCAAGCAAAGGUUCAUGACAGAAUUGGCGGCCAAGUUUGUUGGCCUGCCCGGCUAUCGUGUGGUGGAGUGCCCGUUGGACAACAAGAUCUGGACCAAGCAGAACAGAGAGAGGUCAGCACGGAAAAAGUGCUGCUGGAUGGGUGGGUGGGUGGCUGUGGACGGGAUGGGCGGGUGCGUGGCAUUGGAGGGCGUCAUGCCAGAAGCGGAAGAAGAGCUGCCCGCCUCUGCAAGCGAACUCUUGGGCGAGGGCGAUGACUGGGCUCGUCUUUUGCAGCGCGCGCUUUCGCGGCCAGAGAGUCACAGGGAAGAGCCGAUCGACCAGCCUCUUGGACACAGCGGAGAAGAGCCGAUGGACCAGCCUCCCAGACACAGCGGGGUGGAGACUGCAUCAGUGCCUGACGGUGCAGAUGUUGACCUCGGAGAGAAUUGGCAAGGGCUUCUGGACAACGCCGUAGCUGCCGUAGCUGGCAAUGUGGCCGGAGCUGCUGAACCCAGCCACAGGAUGCGAUCUACCAGGGGCCGUCCGACUGGCAGCAAGCUUUUCUGGCGUGUCGUGGAUGAAAGGAACUUGCGUGUGCCACGCAAUCCAGAGCCAGCGCCUUCAGAGCCAGAGCAAGAGCCGUCACGACAGAGUGAGCAUGAAGCGGUCUCGCUACAUGCCCGACCGGAACAGCGGCUGGUGCCAGCAGUGGGGUCGUCUCUCCAACAGGAGUUGGCGACACAAAGCUCCGCGGCCAUGAACUGGGCUCGCCCACUGCUUGAGCGCCGAGAGAGGGAAAAUUGCGAGAGUGUCGACCGCAUGCUGUUCGCACCAGCACGCACGGUUGCAAGCUUUUCAUCUCUCAGUGAGAAGUGCGAGACAAGCCAGCAGCAGAUUUCAUACAGGGUUCGCCGUCUGGCCUGCAUCGUGUCGGAAGGAAGCAAGUAUCUCAUGGAGUGUAUGUUCGAGGAAAUCCUGUCGGCCGAAGCAAUGAAGAUCAUUGCAGUUUUCGAGAAGCGCAGAUACGAUGAAACACCCCUCCCUGUGAAGCUCGACAGCAAGAGAGCGAAAAUCAUGCAGACAGAAGUGACUCUGGGACUUCUCCUGGAAGACGUGGAGCGUGGCUCUCGCAUUUUCCUGCGAUUCCGCGUUCCAUCGCCGCUGAGGGCUUUGGAUGCCACAACAGCAGAAAAUAUCCGGGCACUUCUGCUAGAUGCGUGCUCUUUUCCUGGGUUGCAGCGGCUUGCUGCGCAAGCGAAGCAUCAUUAUAUUUUAGUCACAACGGACAGAUACGGUGCCAAUCUGGCGGCCGAGCGGAACCUAGAUUGUGAUCCCGGGUGGCCCAAGCCAGCAAAGGUCCACCUUCCUUGUGACGUUCACAAAGUCAGCCAGGCACAGACAGCCCAGCAUGAUCUAGUCGACAAUGAGAUCACAGGCAUGGUGGCAGCGGCAGUUUUGCUGGGUGAUUCUGGUGAAACAGUCCGCUUUCGUUCUUGCAUCAUGCAGGCCAUCGAAGAGUCACUAGAGAUUUGCUACGGCCCUGCCCCAACUGGGUUUGUGCGUGAGUACCAGCAGAAGGUGCAUGAUUUGUAUCUUGGCUUGCCACAGAAUGAUUCAGAAGAUUUCCGAAAGCGCAGAUUGUUGCAAAGAGCCAUAUUGAAGCACUUUUUCAAUGGGGAUCUGCAGUCCAACAAAAUCCAACACUGGACAAUGAAUCUGCAGCUGACUCGUGAGGAUGUGCUCGAACAGAUCAGAAAGUUUGCUAUGCGAAUGCUCUUGCCUGGACCAGCACCUAUCUUCCCGCGGCACCGCUGGACGAAUUGUGAUUUCACUGUAGACUUCUACGGCGUCCUCGCCAGCCACCACGGUUUGCUGGAGGCUGGUCUGAGGCUUUGGCUGCGCCUUCCACAAGGCUCCGCGCAGAACGGCGGGCAGCAGCAUGGGCAAACGUUGGAGGAGUUCUUGUUGCCGCAGCUGCCACCAGCUGCCUUGGGCACAGAGAACCCUCUUGAUCCUGAGGCAGACGACCCAGCGCAGCCAGACGCCCCACUUCCCUCAGAUGCCCCGGGUGUGACACCUCCGGACUGGGCUCAGGUGAACAGGUCGCUCAAAGCAAAAGUAACUGCUUGGGUGCAGAGUGUCUCGGCGACAGACUCCUUAGCCGGGCGGUUGGCCGUGGCUAGGAAGGGCAUUGGACCCGUGUGCCGUUUGAUGCGCAAGUUCCUGCGACUUGCUGGGCACGCGUGGGACGCGGAACAGGAGUGCAAGGCUGCCAGAGGCGAGCCACGAAGCUACAGGAUUCUGGAGGCGUGGGAGGGGCACGACCUGGACCAGUGCAUUGAGGCUUUGAUGCAGAUGCUGCAGGUGCCGGCCGACUUUGUGCCGUUGCAAGACAUGCGGUCAGGCAAGCGAACACUUCUUUUCAAGAUGGUAUUGCUGGUAUCCUGCAGAGCCUGUUGCCCUUACGCUCUGUUUGCGUGCAUGUACGGCGAAGAAUCUGCCAGGUUUUUCUAUGACUUGAAGCCAUGCCAGCGCGAUGCCUUGGCAGCGGCAUGGGUGCGAAGCUUUCCCGAUGCUCCUUCAAGCCAGUCUGAGUUGGCCCAGGACUUGCUCACUUCUCUAGCGCUUUUGCUAGACCUGGACAUCUCACAGAUCGAGUCGCAGCACGCGAGCAUCCGGCGAGUUCUGAUGGCCAGGAGUUGUCAGACGCAUCCAAUGGCUUUUCAAGACCUCUCCGCAGAUCUUACCAUCCGGCAAUUGGCCACGCAUGGAGAGAGAUGCCGCAUCCGCAGAGGCGCGGAUCCGGUGUUGCCCGAGCCACCUCGAAGGAUUUGGAUUGCUGCGGAGAAGAAAGGCCAGGCGAUGAACCGAGAACGCUGCAGGCAAUAUGCAGCAGAGUGGAGGGGCAUGAGCGAUGACGCCAAGGAGCCAUAUCGGGAGAUAGCUCGGGCAGAGCGACUGAGCAGAGACCUUGCUGGGUCGCUGCCAGUCCCAGCAGCACCCGAGCCCACUCAGCAGGACACAGCGACUUUGCCCCCACGAGUUGCUGAUGAGUCGGCGCUGGCUGUAGAACUGUCUGACUCUGUGGAAGCUGUCAUCGCGAAUGCGAAAACCCGCAUCAAGCAGACGCAGUUGGCCCGACGUGCUCGGGAGGCUGAGGAAUGCAGGACACUGGCUGCAUUCCACGCGGAGCACGUGGGCGAGAUAGAGAUCCCGUCUCUCGAGGCAUGGUCGCCAGGCGUGCAUGCUUGUGUCGGGGCUCCCAAUAUCGGUGCUUUUGAUCUCGAACUUCCAUGCGCCCGUCUGGCUCAGGCGCUGGAGCAUCGCUGGAUUUGUUCUGGCACAACGGGUACCGUGGCUAUGCGUCUUCGUCAACACUGGGAUAAGAUGCAUGCAAUGUUCCUUGCGGGCAACGCAGAUCCACUGCCUACAGAGGCCAGCAAUGAGAGUGAUUGGGCGGCUCUGCAAAGAAGGAUAUUGAUCCGGGAGGCACUUCAGACGUCUGAAAGUCCGAGCGCCUUCCAAGUGGCUCUGAACUCUGUGCCGCACGCGAAGCCUCGCAUUGAAAGUUGCUACCUUCAUAUGGGUUACAGUAACCUGCGCACCUGGGAUUUUGGCUUCUUGCAACUGGAGGUAGAGUCCGGACCAGAUGUCCAAGGUCAGCUGUGCAUGGUCGUUCCGGCGGACAACAAGCCAAUGCGCGCCCUUGAAGCCUUUGCACAUCUGAACUUACAACUGCCGGUUCUAGUCUCUUGGUACCGCCUCAGUGACGCGGAUGAGCCCUUGGGUGUCUUGGACAUGCUGCCCCGACGAGUGGAAAUCAUUCCUUUGCAGCUGCCAAGCCUGCGAGUCUGGAAAGGAGCCAGCCAAGAGGCGACAGAUCGGCAAGAACGACUUCGCCUGGCGCUGCUCCUGCUGCUGGUGAACGGUCUGCCCGAACUGCACGGAAUGGUCCAGAAGAUGCUGGUGGAGACUCUGAUGCUUCCUCCCGCAGCAGGCGCAGCAGAAGCCGUGGAUCAUCCCGCUCCAGCAAGAGCGGAAGCCAGAGCAGCAGCAGCAGCAGCAGUGACAGCAGUGGGCGGGGAGGGGGCGGAGAGCGAGAUUUGGUCGCUGCUUGGGCAGAGCUGCAGCAGGAGUUGUCCGCUGCAAGAAAUGACCACGCAGCAGAGGCUGCGGCAGCAGAUGCUGAUGUGCGUAGUGACCACAGUCUGCGAACAGAGGAUGCGAGUAUAUCCUCGUUGUCGGAAGAGACAUUGGCUGCACUCGAUGCAGCCGAGGGCAGCGAGGGCAUGGAUGCAGAGCUCACUUUGGAGGGCAGAGAAUCAGAGGAGAGCUCUUCGGAUGAUUCCGAUGAGUCUGCGGGCGUUGGUGCUGCAGCGCGACGACCGCCGGUUCCCCACACCAAGACUUUCAGUGGAGUGCCAGAGUUGGUUCUGGACGAGAGGCGACGUGCGCGGCAGUGGCUUGCAGAGUCUGUCGCCAGUGCCGACGAGUUUUUCGCUUUGGAAAGGGACAGAGGAGAUGACUCAGACGCGGUACUACUUCGCCCUGCUGAGAGCAGAUGUUUUCGAGGAGAUGGAUGCUGCCUUCAUGCUCAAGUGUGUACAGGCCAUUUGCCGACGGCAGAUGGAGCAUGGGCCGCAAGAGAUCGCAGACAUCAUCUUGGAUAGGACGCAGAGGAUGCAGUGUUUGCAGGAAGAGGCUUGUCCGGUUUGGGAGGGUUUCAAGUUUGUGUCGUUGUCGUAG